AUGGUGGAGGAAGGUUCAUGGAAAAUUCCUACGGCACAACUAUUUGCUUCGCAGCACCGCAUAAUCUUGGCCCGGUACGCCCAGUACAACUUUUUUGUGAGGAUAGAAACAUUAGCAGCCAAACACGAUUAUCAAGAGGAAGUUCACACAGCUACGACAGGUUAUGGGGUUUCAAACAUCACAUGGAUACCACAACCAAUUUUCAAAGCAAAGGAGGAUCCGAUUGAUGCUAAUGCAAACUCUUUAAUUCAAAGGUCCACUCUGAAUUUGAUUGAUUAA